CACGGCUGCGUGUAACACGCUUGUCUGAGCCCGAGAAGUUCUCGGAUAUUUAAACCUCAGAUUCUCGGAUCAGUAUUCAGAAAAGAGGAAACCAAGCAUAUAGGAAGAAGCAUGGAUUUCAAACGUAUUUCGUCUUUUUUAUGCCUUCUGGCAGUUUUCCUGUCAACGGUACUAGAAUCAUCUAAUGCUCUCACAAGCGAUGAAGUUAGAGAAUAUGUUAAGAAAGCAAUCAAAGCAGGGGAGAAAACCCUCAAAGAUUACAGAAAAGAGCUACGGAAAUAUAAAGACAAAGGCGUCGACAAGGUCGGAGAUUCUUCAAAGGACGAACUGGACAUGAUCACUAAAAGGAAAAGAGAGGCCGAGAAAAUGUCACUAAACGGCAUCAUUUCCAUAGAGGUCACCCGUACGUUGGUAGAGCAAACAGGAAUGACACCAUCAGAAUUGGCAUCACAUCCUGAACUUCGUCAGGAAUUCGAGGCAGAAUUUUGUCCGGAUGUAAAACAGCAAAACUGUGACAAAGCCAGACAGAGCGCCUAUAGAUCGGUGGAUGGAGGCUGUAAUAAUGUGGAUCACCCCGACUGGGGCGCCGCCAUUACACCUCAGCCUCGUUAUCAACCCGCAGAGUAUGACGAUGGAAUCUCUUCCCCACGAACAACCAGUAUAGACGGAAGCCCUCUCCCAAGCACGCGAUUGGUCAGUAAUAAACUAUUUCGGGGGAAUGGGAAUUGUACCGAGACUGAUUACACCCAGACCCUGAUGGUGAUGGUGUGGGGUCAGUUUAUUGACCAUGAUAUAGUAUCCACACCUGUCACACAAGGAAUUGAUGGUGCUCCAAUCACGUGUUGUGGAGACGAUGUGCAAAACAGAGCAGAUUGUUUCCCCAUCUCGAUACCGGUGGAUGAUGCUCAUUUUACUACGGACUGUAUGCAGUUUGUUAGAUCCGCACCCGCACCACCAUUCGAUGGCUGCCAACCAGGUGCUAGGGAACAUAUUAACCAGAUAACGUCUUUCAUUGAUGGAGGGGUUGUAUAUGGGGAUUCGAGGAAGGCUUGGCUUGAUCUAGCAGACACGAGUACAGGAAGCAUGAUGAUGUCGGAUGGUAACAUGCUACCGGUGGGAGGAACCUGUAGACCUAGUAACACAAUAACUCAGUGCCAACUGGCCGGCGAUCAUCGUGUCAAUGUCGUGCCGUCAUUGGGAGGAAGCCAUCUGGUUUUUGCACGUGAACACAACAGAAUAGCAGAGGAACUUCGGAAAGUUCGGCCGGACUGGAGCGCAUGGAAAAUAUAUCAAGAAGCCAGGAAAAUUAUAGGAGCUCUUCUACAGCAAAUUACUUAUGGAGAAUAUCUACCUGCAAUUCUUGCAGAGAGCGAUCUCGUAAAAUAUAACCUUAAAUUAAAGAAGAGGGGCUUUAGCAAUAGCUACAAUGCCAGUUUAAACCCAGCUGCUAAAAAUGUUUUCAACGCAGCCGCAUUUAGAUUUGGACAUUCGCAAAUUCCUCCAACAAUGGCAUACGUUCUUCGUGACUACAUGACUCGUGUUCAGGCUGCUCCCAUCGAAUCCACAUUCCUUGAUCCAGAAAUGUUAACCACACAGAGUGGUAAAAGGGUGGACGAUCUCACGCGGUUUAUCGUUACUUCCAACGGAAUGAAAGCAGACAACGGUUUAAUUCGAACGCAAAUAGCUUUAGACCUCGCCGCAUUAAACAUGCAGAGAGGUCGCGAUCAUGGACUUCCGCCGUAUAACUCCUGGCGGAGGUGGUGUGGACUUCCUGUUGGUACCUCAUUCAGUGAUUUGCCUGAUCUUAGUGAAAGCAACAAACAAAAUCUUGCAGAGGUGUAUAGUGACGUAGAUGAUAUUGACGUUUAUGCCGGCGGGAUGGCCGAGAUACCGGUGCCCGGGGCUAGUGUAGGGCCCCUGUUCUCGUGCCUUAUCGGUAACCAGUUCAAAGAUCUGAAAGACGGCGACAGAUACUGGUACGAGAGGCAAGGGAAAGAGGGAUUCAGUGCAGCUCAGUUGCGAGAAAUCCGCAAAGUGAAGCUGUCUAAAAUUCUGUGUGAUAAUAUCGGCGUGGAUCCAAUCCAACCAGACGUAUUCCAUGUUCCAACUCCAAGAAAUGAUUGGAGGAGAUGUGAUCAGCUUCCCGGAAUAGACUUCUCGGCAUGGAAAGUAAGAUCCACUUCUAGUACUGGCCCGGGAAGAGACUGAAUAGUUCCUGAAGAAGCUCAACAGUUUCUAUAGAGACUGAAAACAGUUCCUAUAUUUCAUCAUUCAAUAAAGAUGAAAAAAUAUUUUUAUGGUAUUUACGAGUAUACAAAAAACAUUUUACAAGAACUUAUAUUUAU